UGCCACCCGCACCGGCACCGGCACCGACACCGGCACCGCCACCAGGACCGCAUCGCACCGCGCGGGUCGGCCUCAUGCCGGCGGCCCCCGCUCACGGCUGAGCGCUGCGCCCCUCCGGACCGGGCACGGCCACGGCCAGCACAGGACAGGCGCUGCUCCUCGCUAGCAGGACCCACCCCCGGCCGGCGCCAUGGCGGGAGCGUCCGUGAAGGUGGCAGUGCGCGUCCGGCCCUUCAACUCCCGGGAGAUGAGCCGGGAAUCCAAAUGCAUCAUCCAGAUGUCGGGGAGCACCACCACUAUCCUGAACCCAAAGCAGCCCAAAGAGACRCCAAAAAGCUUCAGCUUUGACUAUUCCUACUGGUCCCACACUACGCCUGCAGACAUCAACUAUGCAUCCCAGAAGCAAGUGUACCGYGACAUCGGCGAGGAGAUGCUGCAGCACGCCUUCGAGGGCUACAACGUCUGCAUCUUCGCCUACGGGCAGACAGGAGCUGGCAAAUCCUACACCAUGAUGGGCAAGCAGGAGAAGGACCAGCAAGGCAUCAUCCCACAGCUGUGCGAGGAUCUCUUCUCCCGCAUCAACGACACRACGAAUGACAACAUGUCCUAUUCCGUGGAGGUGAGCUACAUGGAAAUCUACUGCGAGCGCGUGAGGGACCUCCUGAACCCCAAGAACAAGGGCAACCUGCGGGUGAGGGAGCACCCCCUUAUGGGUCCGUAUGUUGAGGACCUUUCCAAGCUGGCUGUGACCUCCUACAAUGACAUCCAGGACCUUAUGGACUCUGGAAACAAAGCCCGCACAGUGGCUGCSACCAACAUGAACGAGACCAGCAGCCGCUCCCACGCCGUGUUCAACAUCAUCUUCACGCAGAAGCGGCACGACGCUGAGACAGACAUCACCACUGAGAAGGUCAGCAAGAUCAGCCUGGUGGACCUGGCCGGGAGCGAGCGCGCUGAUUCCACGGGCGCCAAGGGCACGAGGCUAAAGGAAGGAGCAAACAUCAACAAGUCCUUGACCACUCUGGGGAAGGUCAUCUCCGCCCUGGCUGAAAUGGAUUCGGGGCCAAACAAGAACAAAAAGAAGAAGAAGACGGAUUUCAUCCCAUACCGAGACUCGGUGCUGACCUGGCUGCUACGGGAGAACCUGGGAGGCAACUCCAGAACCGCCAUGGUUGCUGCUCUCAGUCCUGCUGACAUCAACUACGAUGAGACCCUCAGCACCCUCAGGUACGCCGACCGYGCCAAGCAGAUCCGCUGCAACGCUGUCAUCAACGAGGACCCCAACAACAAACUCAUCCGGGAGCUCAAGGACGAGGUGGCGCGGCUGCGGGACCUGCUCUACGCCCAGGGCCUSGGGGACAUCAUUGACAUGACCAACGCCAUCGCCGGGAUCAGCCCCUCUUCCUCCCUCUCUGCCCUGUCCAGCCGUGCUGCCUCGGUUGCCAGCCUCCACGAGCGCAUCAUGUUCGCUCCUGGCAGCGAGGAGGCCAUCGAGAGGCUCAAGGAGACUGAGAAGAUCAUUGCAGAGCUGAACGAGACAUGGGAGGAGAAACUGCGACGGACGGAAGCGAUACGGAUGGAGAGGGAAGCGUUGCUGGCUGAAAUGGGGGUGGCCAUGAGGGAGGAUGGAGGCACCUUGGGUGUUUUUUCACCUAAAAAGACACCGCACCUGGUCAACCUGAACGAGGACCCGCUCAUGUCUGAGUGUCUUCUCUACUACAUCAAGGAUGGGAUAACGAGGGUUGGCCGGGAAGAUGCUGAGAAGAGGCAGGACAUCGUUCUCAGCGGGCACUUCAUUAAAGAGGAGCACUGCCUGUUCCGCAGCGACACCAAAACUGGUGAAGUGAUAGUGACCCUGGAGCCCUGUGAAGGCGCUGACACCUACGUGAACGGCAAAAAGGUGACGGAGCCCAGCAUCCUGCGCUCAGGGAACCGCAUCAUCAUGGGCAAGAGCCACGUGUUCCGCUUCAACCACCCCGAGCAGGCUCGGCAGGAGCGGGAGCGGACCCCGUGCGCUGAGACCCCCGCCGAGCCCGUGGACUGGGCCUUUGCUCAGAGGGAGCUGCUGGAGAAGCAAGGCAUCGACAUGAAACAGGAGAUGGAGCAGCGGCUCCAGGAACUGGAGGACCAGUACCGGAAGGAGCGGGAAGAGGCCAAUUACCUUCUGGAGCAGCAGAGGCUGGACUACGAGAGCAAACUGGAGGCUUUGCAGAAGCAGAUGGACUCCAGGUACUACCCUGAGGCAAAUGAGGAGGAGGAAGAACCUGAGGAUGAAGUGCAGUGGACGGAGCGGGAAUUCGAGCUCGCUCUCUGGGCCUUCAGGAAGUGGAAGUGGUACCAGUUCACCUCCCUCCGUGACCUGCUCUGGGGCAAUGCCAUCUUCCUCAAGGAAGCCAAUGCCAUCAGCGUGGAGCUGAAAAAGAAGGUCCAGUUCCAGUUUGUGCUCCUCACGGACACGCUGUACUCGCCUCUCCCUCCCGACCUGCUGCCUCCCGAUGCUGCCAAGGACCGGGAGAAGCGGCCRUUCCCCCGGACCAUUGUGGCUGUGGAGGUGCAGGACCAGAAGAACGGGGCAACCCAUUACUGGACCCUGGAGAAGCUGAGGCAGCGCCUGGACCUGAUGCGUGAGAUGUAYGACCGAGCAGCAGAAGUGCCUUCCAGUGUCAUUGAGGACUGUGACAAUGUGGUGACUGGUGGAGAUCCUUUCUACGACCGCUUUCCCUGGUUCAGGCUGGUCGGCAGGGCCUUUGUCUACCUGAGCAACCUCCUGUACCCCGUGCCCCUGGUGCACCGCGUGGCCAUYGUCAGCGAGAAGGGCGAGGUGAAGGGCUUCCUGCGUGUGGCUGUCCAGGCCAUCUCAGCGGAUGAAGAAGCCCCUGACUAUGGCUCUGGUGUGCGGCAGUCAGGAACCGCCAAGAUCUCCUUUGACGACCAGCACUUUGAGAAGUUCCAGUCGGAGUCGUGCCCGGCUGUGGGGAUGUCUCGCUCGGGGACCUCUCAGGAGGAGCUGCGCAUCGUCGAAGGUCAGGGGCAGGUCAGCGACGUGGGGCCCUCYGCCGAUGAGGUCAACAACAACACCUGCGCAGUGACCCCAGAGGACCUUCUUCUGGACAGCCCGGAGAAGCCUGCACMAGAAGGGCCGCUGGAGGUGGCUUUGGACCACCUGAGGCUGGGCAGCAUCUUCACUUUCCGCGUGACAGUCCUGCAAGCCUCCAGCAUCUCCGCAGAAUACGCGGACAUCUUCUGCCAGUUCAACUUCAUCCAUCGCCACGAUGAGGCCUUUUCAACAGAGCCCUUGAAGAACACAGGACGAGGGCCACCACUGGGCUUCUAUCAUGUCCAAAAUAUCGCUGUGGAGGUGACGAAAUCCUUCAUCGAAUACAUCAAGAGCCAGCCGAUUGUGUUUGAGGUGUUUGGCCAUUACCAGCAGCACCCCUUCCCACCUCUCUGCAAGGAUGUCCUGAGCCCGCUGAGGCCAUCCCGACGCCAUUUCCCCCGUGUGAUGCCACUCUCCAAACCAGUGCCUGCGACAAAGCUGAGCACCAUGACUCGGCCCAGUGCUGGCCCCUGCCAGUGCAAGUAUGACCUGAUGGUCUUCUUCGAGAUCUGUGAGCUGGAGGCCAAUGGCGACUACAUCCCUGCCGUUGUGGACCACCGUGGAGGCAUGCCAUGCCAUGGGACUUUCCUCCUUCAUCAGGGCAUCCAGAGGAGAAUCACUGUCACCUUGGUCCAUGAAACGGGAAGCCUCAUCCACUGGAAGGAAGUACGGGAGCUGGUUGUGGGUCGAAUCCGGAACACUCCAGAAGCAGAUGAGUCACUCAUCGACCCCAACAUCUUGUCCCUGAACAUCCUGUCCUCUGGGUACAUCCACCCCUCCCAGGAUGACCGGUGCGUGAUGCUUUAUUUUGCUCUUCCUGUGCUGUGGUGAGGGAUGGAGGGGGGUGAGUAGCAGCUUUUCUCUCCCCUGGAAGGCUCUUGUCCCUUCUGCUGAUCCACUGCUGCCUUGAGGCAGGGUUUUUCUGAACCUGCACAGGCUCUUGGGUUAUAAGGCCACCUAAACCCCUUCCUUCUCCUCCCCAGGGCCUUGCUUUGCUGGGGAGGGCACUACAGGGAAUUUGUGUGUGGGUCCUGCUCUCUGGUGCUGGCUGUGAUGGCGUGGCACAGGGAGGCAGUUGGUGCCGGUGCCAGGAGCAUGUCCCAACUCCGUGGCUAGAGGGGACGUGCCACAAAGGGCUAUUGGUCCUGUGUCCUAGCAAAAUUGCUGGAAAGGCCAGUUGGCACCCAUGGCAGAUCCCUAUCUGUGUGCAAUGCAGGAAAGCCAU